AUGUAUAAAAGGGUUCAAAUGGAUAAUCUAAAUGAUAAUAUCCAGCGUCUUAGUGUCGCCGAAGGCUGUUAUCAGUCAAGACAUGCAUUGCCGGGGUCAAUGGAAAUCUCACCACCGACCCCAUCUGCAGAUCCACCAGACGCUCUAUUGGCAAAUGCACUGCCAGCAUCAACAGUAGGACCAGCACCGUCAGGACCACCAGCAGAAGCAACAGUAAGACCAGCAGGCUCAUCGGCAGGCCCACCAAUAGGUCCACCGUCAGGUCCACCUCCAAGCCCACUGCAGUGGCCAAACAAUCUACCAGACGCUCUAUUGGCAAAUGCACUGUCAGCAUCAACAGUAGGACCAGCACCGUCAGGACCACCAGCAGAAGCAACAGUAAGACCAGCAGGCUCAUCGGCAGGCCCGCCAACAGGUCCACCGUCAGGUCCACCUCCAAGCCCACUGCAGUGGCCAAACAAUCCACCAGACGCUCUAUUGGCAAAUGCACUGCCACCAUCAACAGUAGGACCAGCACCGUCAGGACCACCAGCAGAAGCAACAGUAAGACCAGCAGGCUCAUCGGCAGGCCCACCAACAGGUCCACCGUCAGGUCCACCUCCAAGCCCACUGCAGUGGCCAAACAAACGGGGCAAGAGAGCUGGACGGAAAGUUCGCCAUAAUCUAAAAAUGAAGUUCCUCAGUGAGCUUCAGCAUUUAUCGGCAAAUCAUCUGGCCACAGAAGCCAUGCGGGGCAGACGUGGACAUUGGCGACAGAAUCGAGGAGGUCAUGGCCAGCAAGGUAGCCUGAGCGGUUAA